AUGGGCAUCUACAUGACGAAUGUGAAAGACUAUGGGGACGCCUUCAGACUCAAAAGAAAGGAUGAUGGUUCGGGUGAAUAUAUCUACCACAAUGCCAGCCCAAAUGCAGCGGAACAUACAUUUGUUGUACCAACUGAUGCAGGUUCUUUGAUAGAAUUGUUGGUCCGAAGUCCUUCAAAGCAGGACUUAUUGGGAGUAACUGGGAACAAAGUUACUUGCGAAGAAGUCACUGUCGAAGCGCACGAUAAGGCUCGUCCAGGAGGACUUGGAAGAGAAGCAGCAGAGUCCAUAGCUAGUAGUGCGGAAUUUGGGUGGGGAGACCUCGUCUUGCCUAAAGAUCUUGAUUCCAAUAUCAAAGUCACCAGCAAAAAAGAGUACAUCGAAAGCGAAAACUGGAGUGAAUAUAGAUAA